AGACCCAUUGACCUGUCAGCCUGUCUCUCUUAGUCUCUCUCAGUGCACUCACUCAAUUUACUGCACUCACUCUCUUUUCUUUCCCGAGUCUUCCCUCUCAUCAUCAUCAUCAUCAGCCUCAUUCGCCUUACUACAACCAACCAACUAUCCCCAACCCUCCCCUCCUUUCCCAAAUCACUCCUACGCGAUCGCCUCUGGUAGCGAUUAGCACUCAACCUUUUUAUUACUUUUUCUUUUUCUUUUUUUAUUCCUUCGUUACCUUCUGAACAUCAUCCAUACAAUUAAUCUUGUUCAUUACCUCAUACUUAAAAGCAACCAUAAAACGACGCGCUAUCGUGGCACCAUUCCUUUUCGAGAUACCCCCCAUACCCUCACAGCAAACCACGAUAAUAACCAACUGAAGACGUCAUGGCUAGCAAGCAGGCAAGCAAACGUUUGGCUCGAGAGUACAAGACCAUAUCGGAAAACCCUCCUCCAUAUAUCAGUGCUCACCCAUCGGAAUCUAACAUUCUUGAGUGGCACUACAUAAUCACCGGUCCCGAGGACACCCCCUAUCAUAAUGGUCAAUACUGGGGAACUCUAAUCUUUCCUCCCAACUAUCCCUUUGCGCCUCCCGCUAUUCGAAUGCACACGCCGUCUGGCCGUUUCCAACCAUCAACGCGACUCUGCCUUUCCAUUUCCGACUUCCACCCACGUUCAUUCAAUCCAGCAUGGGAGGUCUCGACGAUUUUGAUUGGCCUGCUAUCGUUCAUGACAUCGGAAGAAAUGACAACUGGCUCAGUUUCGGCCACAGCUCAUGAGCGUAGAAUAUUCGCAGCACGAUCCCGGUGGUGGAACUCGACGGGAGGUGGCUCACACGGCAAGAACCCAGCACAGAAAGGAAACGUGAAGGUCGGAGAUGGUGGUGCCAAGUUCAGAUCCGAGUGGCCAGAGAUCGACCAGGAGAACUGGCACUGGAUGACGGAGAAUAAUGUCGAUGCGGCUACAGGCGCUAGAAAUGGAGGUAACUCUUGUGGACCACAGCUAGGCAUCGCCGGUAGCAGCGGUGGUCAAACCCAAGCCGUUGUCGAUGCCGUUGUUCAACAAAGAGAUGCCGGUACAGGAUGGCUAAGCCACAACAAGCUGCUGGUCUUUGGAGGUGUCAUCUUUGUUUACGUGCUAAUUGCACGUAUUCUGGGAGAGGGAGAGGGCACUACGCCAUAAUUAAACACAGUCGUGGAAUAAUCGUGGAUGCUCUCCUAUUUUUAUAUUGCCUUGCCGAAGUGGGGGAGGCUUGGCAAGGCAAGGCAAUCAUCUUUUUCUUGCUGCUCGGUCUGCUGCUCGGUCUUGUCUUUACUUGCUAUGGCGUCUUCGGUCUUCACUUUAUCUGAAAUAUACAGGUUGGUGGUUUUCAGGCGGACAUAGACUGAUUUCAAAAGAUUUCGCGACGAGGGCCUCAUCAGGACUCAAUCAGGAGUACAACAUGCAGAGUAAGGGUUGGGAAAGCCCCAGCUGAGUCUUGUGGAUAUUGAUCUUCGUGUAUCAUAGAGAAGGUACCUACUAGGAACCUACUUAGCUUCAGCUGCUACUAUGAUGAAUUCAGAACGCGCACUACUUUAACAUAAGCCCGGGUGCCCUUUGUUGAAUCCAUUCACACAUCA